CUGAAAGUGUCAAACCCAAGAUGGCACUCCAUCGUUUAUUCCAGCUGUCCUCUGUGCUCCGCUCCGCCGUGAGCGUGACCCUGCGCAGGAACAUCGGCCUGUCUGCGGUCCUUUUCAACCGGACCAAGGAGCUCGACCCGGUCCAGAAACUGUUCCUGGACAAGAUUCGGGACUACACAACUAAGAGCAAGUCUUCCGGGGGCAUUGUGGAUGGCGGAGCAGAUUACCAGAAGAACCUGUCUGAUGAGGUAACCAAGCUGCAGAGGCUCUACGGCGGGGGAGACAUGGCCAAGUUUCCUGAUAUUAAAUUCACAGAGCCCAAAUUUGAGGAACUGGCCAAGUGAAUGCUGUCCAUGUUGUAUAUCUCCUACAUGUCACAAAUAUGUUGUAUUUAAUAAAAAGCUAAUGGAUUAAACCACGAUAUACAGGCUGUCAUUAGCAGUAGUAAGUUGCAUGCUGUUGGAUGAGCGCUGUAUGGAGCGGUGGAAAUGCAUUGAAGGCAACAACAAAAUGUCAAUAAAGCGAGGUGAAGCUCUGA